CAGAAGUGGUCACGUGAUAGUCGUUCUCGGUAGCAGUCGCCAUCAUGCAGGCGGUCAAACAAGCGUGUGUUGGAUUUGCCAGGGCUUCAAAAUGUGUCCUUACCUCACCCACCGUCCCCCAGACAGCAGCCAAAACAUUACCAACGUACUUUAGCUCACGGCAUUAUGCUGCUGAAGCCAAAGCACAAGCGCCUGCCAUUGGCACACCUAGAGGCAGGAUUGUGGCAGUUAUUGGUGCCGUAGUAGAUGUACAAUUUGAUGAAGGUUUACCGCCAAUUUUAAAUGCUCUGGAAGUAAAAGGUCGUUCACCUCGUUUGGUGUUGGAGGUAGCUCAACAUUUAGGAGAGAGCACAGUACGAACAAUUGCUAUGGAUGGUACGGAAGGUUUGAUUCGUGGCCAAGAAUGUGUUGACGUUGGUACCCCAAUUAGGAUUCCAGUAGGUCCCAAAACUUUAGGUCGUAUUAUCAAUGUCAUUGGUGAACCCAUUGAUGAAAGGGGUCCAGUACAGACAGAUAAAUUCUCUGCCAUUCAUCAAGAAGCCCCUGAAUUCGUUGAGAUGAAUGUACAACAAGAAAUUUUAGAAACUGGAAUUAAAGUUGUAGAUCUUUUGGCUCCUUAUGCAAAGGGUGGUAAAAUUGGUUUAUUUGGCGGUGCAGGUGUAGGAAAAACUGUACUUAUUAUGGAACUGAUUAAUAAUGUAGCUAAAGCUCAUGGUGGUUAUUCUGUAUUUGCUGGUGUUGGUGAACGAACACGUGAAGGAAAUGAUCUAUACCAUGAGAUGAUCACAUCUAAAGUCAUUAGUUUGACUGAUGAAACAUCCAAGGUAUCUCUAGUAUACGGUCAGAUGAAUGAACCCCCAGGAGCCAGAGCUCGAGUAGCUUUGACUGGUUUGACUGUUGCUGAAUAUUUCCGUGAUGAAGAGGGACAGGAUGUGUUACUUUUCAUUGAUAACAUCUUUAGAUUUACACAGGCUGGUUCAGAGGUAUCUGCCUUGUUAGGUCGUAUUCCAUCUGCUGUAGGUUAUCAACCAACAUUAGCUACUGACAUGGGUACUAUGCAGGAGAGAAUUACCACAACCAAGAAAGGUUCUAUUACAUCAGUACAGGCUAUUUAUGUGCCAGCUGAUGAUUUGACUGAUCCUGCCCCAGCCACAACUUUCGCUCAUUUGGAUGCCACAACUGUAUUGUCUCGUGGUAUUGCUGAAUUGGGUAUCUACCCAGCUGUAGAUCCUCUCGAUUCCACAUCCCGUAUCUUGGACCCUAAUGUUGUUGGUGAUGAACAUUAUGCCAUUGCUCGUGGUGUACAAAAAAUUUUACAAGAUUAUAAAUCAUUACAAGAUAUCAUUGCUAUUUUGGGUAUGGAUGAAUUGUCUGAAGAAGACAAACUGACCGUAUCACGAGCUCGUAAGAUCCAACGUUUCCUCUCCCAACCUUUCCAGGUUGCUGAGGUUUUCACAGGUUCCCCUGGUAAAUAUGUACCUCUGAAGGAGUGUAUCAAGGGAUUCCAGAGAAUUUUAAAAGGAGAAUUAGAUCAUUUACCAGAAAUAGCUUUUUACAUGGUAGGACCAAUUGAAGAAGUUAUGACUAAAGCAGAAAAACUUGCAGAAGACCAAAAUUGAAAAUAGUGCUAGUUAGGCUGUGUGAUAUGUGCAACUUUUUGAUAUAAAUUAUUCUCAAAAAGAACACCUGAAAGACAUUUGUGUUAUAAAAAAUAUUGUAGAUAUAUUCUAAAAUUGAAGAACGCUAUUCUAAAAUUGAAUAACGUUAUUAUCAAACACACUUUUUGUGUGUGACUGUCGACAAAGGAAUAAAAAAUGUUAAAACCUC